AUGUCAUCCUACUCUCCCGGCGUCAGCUCGUCGGGUGGAGCCUAUUCACCCGGUGUCGGCUCUGGCUCUGGCUCUGACUCGAGCAGUGGAUGUUCUGGCUCUUGCUUCGAUCCCAAUCAGCUCAAGUACCAAUACUUGCAGGGUUACUUCACUGCACACAUGCUUCCGCCUUCGUCCUACCGCUACGUCUACCUCUUAUGGUUUGUCACUAUCGUCGUCUGCCUUGUACUCGGCAGCUUCCAUAUGCUCGGCAUCGGCGACAGGUCCUACAUUGGCGCUCUGUGGAAGCGAUGGGCCACCAAAAACCGCGUAUACAAGCUUGGAAAGCGCGUCGACAUCCACGGCAACUUCAUCCAAAAGGACGCCAACGGCAACAGCCGCGCUUACGCUCCGCUAGCACGUCGCCGCAUCUUCACCUUUCCGAGCUUCGGACGAAUCGUUCUCCUCUUCUUCAUGCUUGCUGUGCCCAUCGUCCUGACGCUCGUCGGCGCCGAUUACAUCGGUCCAAACGUGGGCGUCUUCGACUUUUCGCAAAGUUGGCCCUCACAGACCACCAACAUGGCCGGUCUAUCUCGUCGAGCCAUGCACACGCUGCACAAACGCGUGCAAUGGGGACAGGGAAACUACCCCUCCGUCACCACCUAUCCACCCUACCUCACUUUGCCCUACCACACCUGGUGGACCCAGGGCGAUCGAACGGGUGAUAUCACCAUGGGCCUGGUGCCCAUCGUUCUCAUCCUGGCGCUCAAGCAGGUGCCCUUUGCGCUCCUCUCAACGCGCUUCUUUGGCGGCUAUGCUUUCGAUCGGCUUUCCUUCCUUCACAAGUGGGGCGGCAGGAUCAUCUGGCUCUUUGGCACUGCACAUCUCGUCACAUGGUGCAUCCAGCUCAACAAGGAUACCCGUAUCGGCGAACCUGUUUGGUCCUUUGUCUUUAUGUGGACCAAAUUUCGCUGGGGCUGGGUUUCGUACGGAUUUCUCACCGCCAUGAUCAUUCUGUCCAUUGGCCCCAUCCGCAAUCGCUUCUACGAAUGGUUCUACAUUGCGCACGUCGUCACCGUGGCCGGCUUCAUCAUCACCGCUAUGCUUCACCAUCCGCCACUGGCACAGUGGAUGUACAUCCCACUCGCCUGGUGGGUAGCAGAGCGGCUCACCAGAGCCUUCAAAGUGGCCUGGAUCAAUGGCCUCGGUUUUGCUGGUCGCAAACCUCAAUUUGCCAUCGCACCCAAACCUCAAACGCCCUAUUCCCACCUCAGCGCGGGGUCGGACGCGCCUCAGCGCCAUGUAUACCGUCCAUAUCCAUCUCCAUAUCCAUCUCCAUCUCCAUCUCCAUCUCCAUCUCCAUCUCCGUCGCCGCAGCAUCAGCAGCUCCGCAACAACUACCGCGAUCGAUCCUUUGGCUCCCGCCGUCAGUACAUGGACCAAACCCACGGUCUUGGCUCGCACGCCCCUGUCACCAGACCACCGACGGGUUCAAAUCGCGGUCCCGGUACUGUCGCGAGCUCCGCUUCUUCGCAAAAGCACGUGUAUAUGUCGCGUCUCAGUUCCGAAUACGAACACACGUUGAUAGGCUCCACCUCAGAUAACGAACCUCGAAAAAUGUCAAGUCCCCCCAUUGGCGUAGAAGCGCAGGGACCUUUAACUACGGGAGCUACACACCCUCUGGAUGGGCGCGAUGAUUCAAGUUCCGAAAGCAAGCAUGUCGCCCUGGAGAGAAGAGCGACCCGUGUCAGUGCUCGGUACGACCCAGUCAACGACCUGAUCCAGGACUAUAUCCCCUCACACAUGUCCAAUGCGGACGUCUACCCUCCGCAGCCCACAGAAGCCCUUCCACCUCUCCCGUUACAGUACGCGAAACAGCCGAGCACCGACACCAAGCACUCACUGUCAGACUUUGCCGAGUCUCAACGACCUCCUACAGCACCAGGCUCAGAAUUGGUACCUAUGGCAAGCAGACGAUGGCAGACUGAAUCGUACGCGGUAUCUUCGACGAGUCCUUCCAAUUUUAGUGCUAGGUCCAACUCGGUCCCGCGUCAGCUCAAGCCACGGCCUGCCAUGUCCGCCGAUGUCGCUGCCGUCAUUCGACCGGGUUUUGCCUUUGUUCAGCUGCUGCCCGGUAAGACGUUGCGUCUGACGCUGCGAACGCCCAACAAAAUGUCUUGGAAGCCAGGGCAAUGGGUCUAUCUCAACGUUCCCAGCGUCCGCUUCUGGGAGUCACACCCUUUCACAAUUGCCUCCGCGCAUGAUGCCGAUUUUCCUGUCGCCACCGAAUUCGUUGAUGACGACGCCGAAAAGGGCCUAGCCCACACAGAAAAGGUCAAGGGCGAGGAGCGCACCAUGGUUCUGCUCGUUCGAUGCCGACAUGGCUUCACCCGUCACCUCUGGAAUUUUGUCGCCAAGAAGCGUCAGUCGCAGAUCCAAGCUGCUGCCGAUGCUCAGCACGGCGCAUAUAUGUAUGGGAUUCCGGGCACAUCGAUGGUGCCAAUCCUCGGCAAGGACACUACUGGUGUCCACAUCCGUGCUAUCGUCGAUGGCCCCUACGGCUCGGCAGAUCGUACGCAUUGGGGCAUUCACUCGACCAUUGUCAUUGUAUGCGGUGGAUCGGGUGUCAGCUUUGGCAUGUCUGUUCUCGAGCAUCUCUGCGCAUGCAUGGUCGGUUCGAUGAAGUUUGGCAAGGGAGGUAAAGGAGGGAAGAAAUUCCUCACUGAGCGUGUUCGCUUUGUGUGGAUCAUGCGCGAGUUUUCGCAUUUGCAAUGGGUUGCGGCUGCGCUCCGCAGAUGCAUAGAGAUGGUGCCUCCAGAGCUCCUGCAAGUCGACCUGUUUGUGACGCAUUUCAACCAUCUUUCGGCAUUGCCCAACGGCCCGAGGGGUCGAUCCGCCGGAGCACGAAGUCAUCAUGGUGGACACAAGUCGGAGUCUGACGGUCCUAGCUACGAUACCUUGGCAGGUGGAAAUGGCGGUGCUUUUUUGAGCGAAGAUGCAAAGUACUCGAGGAAUGCCCGCUUUACAGAGGGACCCGAGCAGGACGAGUACGACAUCACCGCAUAUGAUCUCACCCACUUCGAUGGCGAAGACCAGAGUGCACCUACGGCCAUGGAAGAAGAGAUGAACAAGCGGAUUCGAUCGGAAGGAAAGCUACGCCGUGCAAAGACACGACGCAACACGGUCAAGCGCAAAGGCGGUCGUGGUACCAAAAUGGCCGACGCUGAAUUGAAUCGGGACGAGCAGGUGCUCGAGUCGCAAAGAGCCAUGUACGAAGAGCACGAUGAUAGUCUCAGGCAACAGCCUUACGAGCCGGAGCGCCGACCUGCGGAUGGGUCAUGGACAUCUGUCCAGGCGCAAGGCGCACUUGGCUCAGGAAACAACGGCGUGCUCGAGCAGGAUCUUGGCGAUUCGGGAGGCAGGCUGCUGAGCAGCAACAGCUUUGUACAACCCGGAUGGCCGCCCGAGCGACGAGACCGACACGCGUUUGGAAGUAACGAGAGGCGGCAUAACUCUCCUCCCAACUCGGCCGGCCUUCUUUUGCCACACGGCACGAUGGAUUCGAGUGUCGGACCGCUGUCUGCUUAUAUCUCACCAAGUCCGUCUCGCCCGGGAUCUCCGCACAACGAGCUACUCCCGCCGCCUCCCUUCGAUUCAGGUUCACGAGCUAGCACUCCACGCUUGCCACCGUCACCUCUCACCACACCGUACGGCAGCGAGUAUCCGCUCCGCUCAGAUUUCCGCACCCCUGAGGAUACAGAAGAUAGCCGCCGUAGAGGCAUCAUGAGGGGCCAUGCUGGUUCGUCUACGUUGAACCUGCUCAACACCGGGGUUGCAUCGGCUGCCUCGCCGAAGUCGCCACUGGACGAUGCACCGAUCGAUUUGGAUGCUGAGGAAGACCUCGAUCUGCGCGUGGUUGCCGAGCUUGCUCAGCCUGGUCAUCCCAAAUUGGAUCGUAUUAUCCGGCAAGAGGUCGAAGCAAGUCAAGGAAGAACGCUCGUUGCAGGUUGUGGACCGAAAUCGCUCGACAUUGUGCUUCGAAGCAUUGUCAGCAAGCACAUCGAUGCGUCAAAGGUUCGCCGCGGUGACACGCGGGGCAUUGUCAAUGUCGUCAGCGAAUGCUUCGAAUGGGGUGGCUGA